ACUCAGAAGAGCGGUGUUAAGCCCUCAGCAAAAGCAGAAACCAAGCCCAACCAAAUGCCCGGCAAACCCAACGCUGGCGCAGCAAACCUGUUUGACGAUGGAAACCUACUAGGGUUUCUCAACGCGGCACUAGAACAGAUGGAGGCCGCUGCCGGAGGCACACUUGGCGAGGAGCGGGCCAAGCUGAUGGAGUUGCAGGCAGUGCUGGGCGGCGGAGGCGCGCCAGCCCGGCCCGCCCCGGCCGCUACGGCUGCUGCUGCAGACCCUGAGCUCCACCUCGCGGUGCAACUCGACGAGCUUGAACAGCAGCUCAACUCUGUAGCGCAGCAAAUCGCCACUGCCGAUAGCGGCACCAAGUCGCUGCUGAUGCAGUCGGCUGUGGUGUGGGCGGGUGGCGCCCAGCAGGCGGCAGCGGGGCCGCGACGCUCCGGAGAGGAGGCAGGUGCCAGCGGUGGUGCUAGUGGUGGUGCCGGCGACAGUGCGAGCAGCAGUGGGCGGGCAGCCGCCGUUAGCAGCGGCAGCAGUGGCGGUGGUGCGGCGGCAUCGAGCCGGGUGCAGGUGGGAGCCGCGGAGCAGGCCGCGUCAACAGUGCCGGCGGGGCCGGCGUCAGGAGGUGGCGGCGGCACCAGCCCACCGGUGGACGAUGCAGUUGCCGCGAUGCUCGCGUCCGGACUGCUGGGGGUGGUGGUGCAGCAUGCGGGCGGCGAGGAUGCGCAGGCGGAGGGGUCAGGGGAACAGCAGACGGGGCAAGAAGGGGGCCAGGUAGGCGGGAGUAGCACUGUCUGAGCCUGAGUAGCAGGGCACGGACGGACGGAGUAGGUGCGAUGGGACAGGUAAGGGGCAGGCUGGCGUAGUCCCACAGAGCAUUCAUGGACAGGGUAGGUGAUUGUGUACAUCAUAAACACAUGUAAGAAGACGAAGCGAACCAGGACGUGCAUGCGCAUAGGAGCGCAUGGGCUAAGCCUAAGACCCGAGUCGCCCAUGAGGACCCGUGGUGUAACACAUGUUGGUGCAUGCCGCGCAUUAUUCUCCUUCGUUUGAAAGCUUACUUACGGAUAUGUGGAUGUACCGUACUUCACAGCCGCCAAGAUCCCGUCAUUCCUGAUUUGCUGUGUCGCGGACUUGUGGCAA